AUGGGAAGAGAGGUAGCGUAUUUACAGGCUCAACUGAUGCAAGUGAAAGGUCAGCUAGCUCAAAACUUUAUCAAUUCAGUGAAUUCUUAUAAUGAUCCUCAUCGGAGCAACAGUAUGGCUUUAAGUGGACAAAUGGCUCCAGCUAAUCCAAAUUAUAAUAAUGUGAAGUCCAACUCAUCACCACAAAGCUCAUCACUGGAGUCUGUUGAUCAUUAUAGUGAUUGCCAUGGGAUAAACAUGCAAGACAUACAAAGUCUAGACCAUUUCUUGGAGUAUCAAAAUUAUACAAAGUCUAGACCAUUUCUUGGGGUACAAACAAGAGCUUGGGUGAACUUCAAGCAUUGGCUUUUAGGAUGA